AUGUUUGUUCAUCCUCAUUGGAAAAAUUUUCCACCAGUUUCUGCUGCCUGGCAUAAUUUUAUAGGAAUUUUUAUAACAUUUGUUGGUAUUACUGGUGUUAUUGGUAAUUUUGUAGUCAUCUAUACAUUUAGCAGAACGAAAUCUUUGAGAACUGCAUCCAACAUGUUCGUUGUUAAUCUAGCUUUGAGUGAUUUGACUUUUUCUGCAGUAAAUGGUUUUCCUCUAUUCAGCUUAUCAUCUUUCAGCCAUAAAUGGAUAUUCGGAAGAGUUGCAUGUGAACUAUAUGGUUUAAUUGGUGGAAUCUUUGGUUUGAUGUCCAUCAACACCAUGGCUAUGAUCUCUAUAGACAGAUAUCUGGUUAUCACUAGUCCAUUUACAGCAAUGAGGAACAUGACUCACAAAAGAGCAUUCUUAAUGAUAGUGGGUGUUUGGAUCUGGUCCAUACUCUGGGCCAUUCCACCAAUCUUUGGAUGGGGAGCAUAUAUACCUGAAGGAUUCCAGACCUCCUGUACCUUUGAUUAUCUGACCAGGGGUGAUAACAGAAGAUCCUAUAUCAUGUGUCUGUAUAUCUGCGGGUUUGUCGUUCCACUUGGCGUUAUCAUCUUCUGUUACGUCUUCAUCAUCAAAUCUGUCAUGAAUCACGAGAAGGAGAUGGCAAAGAUGGCCGAUAAAUUAGACGCUAAAGAUGUACGAUCUACAAAAGAGAAGGCCAAAGCAGAAAUCAAGAUCGCCAAAGUUUCAAUGACCAUCAUUCUACUCUAUUUGAUGUCAUGGACCCCAUACGCUAUUGUUGCCCUUAUUGCUCAGUGGGGACCGGCUUUGGUGGUCACACCCUAUGUAUCUGAAAUACCAGUACUGUUUGCUAAGGCAUCUGCCAUGCACAAUCCUGUAAUAUAUGCCUUAAGUCAUCCAAAAUUCCGUGAUGCAGUAAGCAAGUUGAUGCCAUGGUUCUUGUGCUGUUGUGGUCUAACUGAUGCCGAA